AUGGAGCUGAGUCCCGGGCGUCGCCUGCGUUUCGCGCAGCCGCAGCUCUGUUACCCAAGCGGCGGCGGCGGCGAACCGGAUCGCAUCAGCUCCCUCCCGCAGGAGCUCCUCCUCCUCAUUCUCGCCCUCAUGGGAUGCGCUGCCACGGCCGCGCGCACCAGCGUCCUCUCCCGCCGGUGGCGCGAUCUCUGGACGCAUCUCCGCCAGAUCGUCUUCCACAACCUCGCGCCGUCGAUUGCAGCGGCGGUCGGCCGUGUCCGUGGCCCCCCGGCCGCGGUCUCCCUCCUGGAAGUCCGCGUCCCCAACGCCAGCAGGCAUCCCUGGCCCGUCGGCGCCACGGCCAGCAGGCUGCUCCGCGCUGCCGUGCGGCUGCAGCCGGAGGAGAUCGUCCUCAUCUUCCCGUGGAGCGUCGAAUCUGAAGGCGGACCGAACCUCGUGCGGCUGCCGUGCUUCCAGCAGACCAAAUCUCUCAUGAUGGAAAGGCUUCUCUUCUACUGCCCCGACGGCGAGUUCACCGCGCUCCGGACGCUCUCCAUCUCCUACGGCCUGGGCGGCCUCCACAGCUUGCUCCCCCGAUGCCCGCACCUCCGCGUGCUCAGCCUGAAGUUUGUCAACGAUGGCUACGGACUUGUCCAGAAUGGGUUGAUCUCACUCCACUUGCCAUCGCUGCAGGAACUUUUCCUUGAAACCCGCAUACUACACACAGAUGCAGUCGACAUCGUCGCCCCUCUGCUGAAGCGACUGACGGUGUCUGUAGGCGCUUACAAGGUGGUCAGCAGCAUCUCCGUCUCGGCGCCAGUGCUGGAGAAGGUUUCGUGGGAGUGGUGGUAUUUCGAGGCCGGAAGCAUUGUUCAGUUUGGUCCUUGGAGACUCCAGAGGUUGUGGAUACACAGAGGAGAGAGACAGGGACAGCUUCUGUCGCUCCACAUUCAUGCAUCACAUAGCUGGUUUAUUUCCAAUCAAGACAACUUAGCGCAGGAGGUAGAGAAGCACAUGGUUGUUGAUUUCGCUCUUUUGGAGCUACGUCUCCUAAAAGCCGGACAUGUUUUUGGAGCACUGGUGUUUCAUCUCCUUGGGAUUAAUCGUAUUUCUAGAGGAGUACAGAGGCUUAAGAUCGUCCUAGAGAGAUCGCUGCUGAAAGGAGAAUGCCCGCCACACUGUCCAUGUGAACCCACAAACUGGAGAUCUCAAACUAUCUCCUUGACUGCUCUCGAAGAAGUGGAAAUCACUGGCUUCGAAGGACAGGAACACGAGUUUGAUUUACUGGAAUUAAUACUCAAAUGUGCGCCAGUGCUUAAAAAAAUGAUAUUGCAUCUGUCACAGAAGGCCACAUCUAAUAAUAGUGGAAGCGCAAAAAUAUAUAACAUCUGCAGGGCCUAUUCUUCGGUGGAAUUCUAUGUUUAUGAGAGCUCUGGGUUAGUGCAUGGCAGCCAUAUUUAUCUGUUGGCAUGA